GGCUGGGAAGCAGACAGACAGAGCUCGGCAAGCACUGAGGGGGAGAGCAGCUGAUCUACAGCCAGGGCUCACAGGCAGAGCAAAACUUAAGUGUUUGGGCUGCAGAGCUUGCAAUCAAGGAUCCAGGGAGAGCAGAGGAGCAGGCACAGCUGGCAGAGCAGAGGGUCGGCAGCAGUGGGCACAGCUGGCAGUGCAGGGGGUCAGCAGUGGGCACAGCUGGCACUGCAGGGGGUCAGCACCAUGGAGAAGGAGGUGGUCUCCCCCUGGGACAUGGGUCUGCUAAGGACCUUUGACUCCUGUGAGUUCUGUGGAUGGGAAAAGGUGGGAUCUGGAGGCUUUGGACAAGUUUACAAAGUGAAACAUAUAUCCUGGAAAACGUGGCUGGCCAUCAAGUGCCCCCCUAGCCUGCAUGUGGAUGAGAAAGAACGCAUUGAAUUGGUGGAAGAAGCAAAGAAGAUGGAAAUGGCAAAGUUUCGCUGUAUCCUGCCGGUAUAUGGGAUUUGCAGCGAUCCUGUAGGUCUUGUUAUGGAGUACAUGGAGACUGGAUCUCUAGAGAAACUAAUGGCCUCAGAGCGUUUACCAUGGGAUUUACGGUUUCGGAUCAUUCAUGAGACCGCAGUGGGGAUGAACUUUCUCCACUGUAUGAACCCACCCCUUCUGCAUCUUGAUCUGAAGCCGGCAAAUAUACUGCUGGAUGGACAUUAUCACGUCAAGAUCUCCGAUUUUGGACUUGCCAAGUGGAAUGGUUUAUCGAAUUCUCAUGAGCUCAGCUUGGAUGGGAUCUGUGGCACCAUUGCCUACCUUCCGCCAGAGCGUUUUAAGGAGAAGAACCGAAGCUUUGACACAAAGCAUGAUGUCUACAGUUUUGCAAUUGUAAUCUGGGGUAUCCUCACUCAAAGAAAACCUUUUGCAGAGGAGAAGAACAUUCUGCACAUCAUGGUGAAGGUGGGGGCCGGCUUUCGUCCCGAUUUGUCCCAUAUACCACGGAAGAGACCCCAGCAGUGUGAUGGGAUGGUAGAGCUGAUGAAGGCAUGCUGGCUUGACAAGCCUAACAAGAGACCAACAUUUCAAGAAAUUACCUCUGAGACGGAGUUGUUGUGUACAAAGCACGAAGAUGACGGCUAUAAUAUGUCAUGCGAAGACGUUCAAAUGCAAGCCAUACAGGAAGCUGCUGUGCAAGAGGAAUUGGGUGCUCUCUCAGAAUGUAAGAAGGGUCCCACUCAGACUUUGGAAAAAGAUUAUAGCCUGUCUGAACUGCUGUCUCGGCUAGAUUCUGGGAUAUCUCAGACCAUGGAAGAACCAGAAAGCCUGAGUCACUGUGUAUCGGAACCACAACUGACAUCGAGUGACAAGCGACUGUCUGGAGUGUCUUCUGUGGACUCUGCCUUUUCUUCCAGGGGAUCCCUGUCUCUGUCCUUUGAGAAGGAUUGUUCUGUGAUUGAUGUUAGCACAACUGAUAUCCUUAAGAAGAAACUCACUGACGCGAUUGUGGCAGGAGACACCAUAAAGCUGAUGAAAAUCCUCCAACCUCAAGAUGUUGACUUGGUGCUUGAAGGAAGAUCCAGCCUUCUUCAUUUGGCAGUGGAAGCCAGCCAGGAAGAAUGUGCCAAGUUACUUCUGGUAUACCACGCAAACCCCAAUGCGAUCAAUAUGAAAGGCUCAACACCACUUCAUAUUGCUGUUGAGAAAAAGCUGAAGUCUAUUGUCGAGCUUCUUCUGGCAAAGAAAAUAAACAUAAAUGCCAAAGAUGAGGAUCACUUCACAGCUCUUCACUUCGCAGCCCAAAAUGGAGAUGAAUAUAUAACCAGAAUACUACUGGAAAAAAAUGCGUUGUUAAAUGCAGUUGAUAUUAAAGGCAGAACACCUUUGCAUGUUGCCUGCCAGCAUGGACAGGAGACCAUUGUACGCCUCUUCCUUAGACGAGGAUCGGACAUUAAUGUCAAGGGACAGGACAACUGGGUGUCUCUGCAUUAUGCCGCAUGGCAGGGCCACUUGAAGAUUGUGAAACUACUGGCAAGGCGUGACGGGGCCGACAUAAAUAUCCAGACAGCAGAUGGAAGGACUCCACUACAUUUAGCCGCACAAAGAGGACAUUAUAGAGUAGCCAGGGUUCUUGUAGAGUUGAACUGCGAUGUUAAUCUAUUCAACUUGCAGAUGAAAACACCUCUGCAUGUAGCUGCUGAAACUGGACACACCAGCACAGCUAGGCUUCUUCUCCACCGUGGAGCAAACCUUAAUGCUGUCACAUCUGAAGGCGUCACGGCACUAGAACUCGCAAAACAAAACUGCCAUAACUCAGCGGUACAACUGCUGAUGGAAGUAAAGGAUGAUGCAGAAUGUAAAUCCAAUUUUGAAGAAGACACACUUUUGCUGGACGAUAGCAUAGUAUCUGUAUGACUGAUUGCCUUCUAACAUUUUUCCUGCGGACUCUUCGUGUGAUCCCAUCAAGAUGUCACAAGCAAAUAGAUUAUAUACAAAAUUUUAAAAAUAGACUGAGAAUUUUAUUGAACCAUUGGAACAGGAUUUUCGUUUGUUUACCCAGCAGGUUUUAACUUGUCUGGCUGUUUCUAAAAAAUCACUGCGAUGAGAUAUACACAGCUUCUUAAAUUCAUGUCCAACAACUACCUGCGUUCAACAUCCCCUGAAGCUUCACAGAUAAAUGUGGCAUCAAAUGCAUACUUCUACAUUGCAUUUCUAUUUUAUUUUUAGUUUUUAUAUAAUUUUUAACAUUUUUUUUUCCUGACUAGUUUUACACUCUUUUCCGUUUGCUGAAAUAUAGUCAAGAAAAAUGGAGAAUUGAUCAGAUCACACGAAUUG